UACAGCAGUGGCUUGAGGAUAGACACCCUGCAGUUUUCAUACAGUGUUUGCAGGUUCCCUGAAAGGUCACUGAUGAAAAAUUACCAUUUCGGUCUCUUCUAAGUUAUGUAUCAAUUCCGAAAAUUCUUUACAUGGUGAGUUUCUUGAAAAUACAGCUCAGGUCCACUACGCAAUGUCCUUGUGGCUUUUUUCCCUCUACACGGGGAAAAAUGGGUUUGGUCCAUACAGGUUUGACUCCUGACAAGCCGAAAGGAGGGUUACCGUUGAGGCGGUGGCGACGUCAAACAAGACAAUACUUACCUGCAGCUCCCGAUGUCGUGCUGUUUGGAAACGAUAAAUCUGGGAACUACCUGGUGCGGGUCCGCGCCCAGGUAAUGACCCGGGACGAUUCCUCCGGAGGCUGGGUGCCAAUGGGCGGAGGCGGGCUCAGCAACGUCUCCGUGCGGAAGCGGGCCAUUCCUUCCGAAGAUAACCUAAAACACGAGUAUUUUAUCUACGGCAAGAGGACAGCAGAUCAAUCAGUCGUCCUCAGCUGUAUAAUCAAGAAAGACUUUCAAUGCAACAGGGUGAUGCCAACCUUUUACCACUGGCGAACAGGAAACAAAAAGUUUGGCCUCACCUUUCAAACUGCAGCCGAUGCCCGCGCAUUUGACAAGGGGGUACGUCAGGCCAUGGAUGACCUUUUCGAUGGAAGUGGCGAUCCAUCUCGAACUCAUGAAACCAGUCUUAGCAAUGAUGAUGUGUUUAUGACACUGGACCUACCAGUUGAUUCUCGUUCCUCUUCUGGAUCCAGCACAACAAGUGGGAGUAUCCCAGGGAUUCCAAGACCUUCCUCCACUACAGCUAGUAUCAGUGGAGACUUUUCCUCUUCCUCACCACCUUUUACACAUCCUCAUGCCAACCACCACUAUUUGCAUAGGAUACACUAUAUUCGCCCUGCUCGCCAUGCUGGAGGUUCCACCAGUGGCAAUGGAAGUGGAAGUAGUGGUGUGGGGACAUCUGGAGGGAGUGGUUCCCAACAUGGGGACAAAGGUCACAUAGAAGAAGUAUGGACAAAGGAUAAAACAAAAACCUUUUACAAAGAACAAAUGCUGUUUGACAGUGAUAAAAUAGAAGUGAUGCCUACUGAACCCUAUUCUUAUGUACAGUUUGCUAAGGAUAAGCCGUCUAGGACUGAGCAUGAAUAUUCUUAUCCUGUGAUGGACUCCUUUAGACUUGGGAAACGGGAUUCCAUAAAUAGUUUAAAAAAACAGCAAAACAUAAUUGUUACUCCGCCUCCUUUGCUGCCAACAAAGUGUAAGAAGAAGAAAGACAGACGUAAAGAAUCCAGAAAGCAAUCACCGCUUACUAGAAUUCAGUGUCGGUAUUGUCAAGAGAUGUAUAACGAGGAAGACAACAGGCGAGGUAGUUGCGAGUAUGCCCCAGAUGGUGUACUAUCUUGUAUCAAUGCUACUACCUGUAUUUCAUGUGCCCAGUGCAUGCUGUAUCACUGUAUGUCAGAUGCAGAGGGUGACUUUAAUCAUCAUCCUUGUUCUUGUGAUAACUCGGAUAAUCAGUGUCGACGUCGCUGGUUUGGGUUGGCUCUCCUCUCGCUCUUUGUACCAUGUCUGUGGUGCUAUAUACCUCUUCAAGCAUGCCACCGCUGUGGUGUUCGAUGUAAUUUAUGUGGAGGCAAGCAUGAAGCUGCCUAACCUACUCUCAUUUUGGCCAAUGCAAGAAAUUUGAGAAGAAAAAUAACCCACAGACAAAUUAAACAUCAACAUAAUGAGUGUGCAUGCGUGCAUGUUAAGAUUGUGUGUGUAUGCUCUGCCUUGGAAUUAAGCAUAUUUUGAACCUUUCUUCCAAGAGGCAAUAUCCACCUAUCACCUUCAAUCUUGUUAUUAGUCAACAAGAACAAACUUUUCAUUCUGCUAAGAAAGUAAAGCCAAACAAGCUGAAUGUUAACUGAUUUCAUCAUUGGCUAACAGUCUCUUUAUAGGUGACCUUCCUGACUACAAUUAACAUUCUUUCUCAUUCAGAUUUUUUGGAUAGAAGACAAAGAGAUAGUGCCACUGACAGGUUCAUACAUCUGUAACCUUCAAGAAAAAGUUCCAGUAUCAGAUGUAUACUCCUUUUAACUUGCAAAUCAUAGCAAACAAACAUAUAUAAACAGGAAUUAUUUACAAAAAAAAUUGAUAAUUGUACCCAUAAUCAGUGUGAAGUAAGGUGUAGACCUGAAACUAAAACACUGGUGCUAUAAUUUCACGUGUGUGUUUUGGACUGACACACAUUGGUGCUCUGAGGGUAUCUCUUCCUGACAUCCAUGAUUAUUCAAAGGUUUUCUAAUACUCUGCAUUUACUUGACCUAGCCAUGGAGGUUACUCAAAAGUCAACCUAUUUUUAUUAACUUGUAUGAAAAAACUUGUCAGAUCUCUUAGUAAGACUUCUAGGUAUAUUUGUGUACUUUAGCUUCUUCACUGAACUUUAUUGACAAAAGAAAUAUACUCUUUUUUCCACACUAGAGUGAAUUCAAAACCUUCAUGUAACAUUGUUACAUGUGAUAAACUGUAAAAACUGUGUAUAGUAAUUUCUUUGACUUGUUGUCUGGUAAAAUAAGUCAACAUGAUAAAAGUAUAAUUUUUUUAUUAACUUGGAAGAACAGAAAGUCAGUAGCAUCUAUGAUGUAAUUUAGACUAUUUGGAGAAAAGCUUUCACAAAGAUUUUUUGUGUAACUGAAGCCUAUAACUUUUCAACAUGCAGUUUUUCAAUCAAAUAUAAAAAUUUCAACCGAAAAAUAGAUACCCAAUAGAGUUUGAGGUGUUAACAGAAUAUUUUUGUGAUCAAUGAAUGUUAGAAAAAGACUAUCAAGAGGUGAUUGUUGUGACAACCAACUCCUUCGAGUGUUACAGUACAUUGAAUGAAAGUUGUAACAUUAGUUAACCACUGGUGUAUUUUUAUACAAUCUUGUAUAUAGUUUGGUGGUCAUGACAAAGGCCAUGUUGAAAUCAAAGUACACAAUCAUAGGCAUGAAAAGCUAGAUAUAAUGAUUUUAUUCUGUUUAACACAAAGUAUUUUUAUGACCAGCUACCUUCUGAUUUAGGCAGCGGGAAAAAGUUGCUGUAAUGUAGAGUUUGGGUAGCAUUUUUACCCAUCUUACAAUUGUGUUAUUAGAUCCUAGCCUUUCUUUAGUAUUUUAUGACUGCUUUUAGAAUUUUCUCUGAAUUUGUCUAAGUUGUUUUCUUUGUAUAUUUUUUAACUUCCACCCCCUCAAAUGACCUGAAAUAAAAAGGUCUGCUGAGUUUGUAUAUGCCUGUGCCUUACUUGUUUUGUCUGCAUUCUUCUUAUGUGAUUAUAGAAAUUGUACGAAAAAAUGUAAACUAGAAAUGCCUAAAUUUCUACAAUGAACUGAAUCUUGUUUCCUGUUUUAGAAUAUUGGAGCACUUCUUGUGAAAGAUUGAAUAAAUUGAGCUACAACUUUGAAGUGAAAAUGGUGGUUAACAUGUCCACUUAUGUGGAAGGUAUUUUAAUGUUGGACAUCUUUCCUUGAUUGUUGUGCUAUGAUGACUUUUUGGGACAUUUGCAUGUUCCUUCUCCAGAUCCAGAAGAAGGAAUACACAAGUAUCCUUAAAUGUCAUUAUCAUAUAAUAUUUAAGGCAAGAUGUCUGAUUGUAAAAACCUUCCAGAUGAUGUCCUAUUUCAAAUCGUGUCUCUUAAGGAACAAGUCCACUCAUUAUUAUACUAGUGUAAUGUGCUUCCCUACACAAAUAUUUACUACACCUCCAUUUAAUAGCAUUCAACAUCAGCAGUGGUGCUUAAUCAUUCCUCUUUCUAAGUACUUCAUUUUCACAACCAAGAAGCAGAAUUAUUAUUACUGUCACCUUCAUAUAUAAGAAAUUAAAAUCAUAAAUAAAGUUUAUCAAAAAAGUUUGUACAAAUAACUUUCUAGGCCUCAAUUAAAAUUCAGACUUUUUUCUUUUUUUUCUACAACCUUGUGAUUAAAAUCUCAGGCUGCAUACUUUGAGAUGUAUCAAGCAAAAUCAGUUGUAAUUGUCUUACCCAAUGAUAUUUACUUUACAAGCUUAUAGAGUAUAUGUCUGGUAAUUACAUACAUUUUUGAAAAUAGAUUAUAACAUUCACAAUUUCAAAUCUGACCAAUAUUACUUAUCUAAUAUAUUAUUUGUUAUACUGGUAGUAUUUGGCUUGAAACUUAAUGAGUUGGAUGUUUUCUCUGGUGUGAUACUUGGAAUUUUGUAGGUUUUCUUAUAAUUGUACAUCUUGUUUCUGUAGUUUCAGAUAUUUGUUUAAGAUUGGUAGAGCUGUACCAAGACAAGUGCAUGCAGUUUGCAUCUUUGAAAGCAAGGAUAGAGUAGAUUUUUUUGAGGAGGGGCGCAUGAUUUACAUCUCACAUAGGGCACCAUCAAUGAUUGAUAUGACCCUGAAGGUUAGUUGAUGUACAGACCUAAUAUUUUCCUGACUAAUAUUAGUUGCAAACCAGUGAAGGACAUGUUCAUCAUCAGCUUGUCACUAGGGUUUGAUAAGUCAGUUACUACUAUUGGAAACGUUUUACUUUCAUUGGCUUUGGAUUCUGCUCUUGUAGCUUUUUACUAGUUUUAACCUAAAACUGAACACUUCUUUUUGGAAAGUAAUUUUAUUCAUUUUAAUAAUUUUCGUAUACAGUCUGUGUUGCAACUACAGUUAAACUUAUUUUUAUAAGUUAUUAUUAAAUAACUUCUCAUCUUAUAUUCCAAUGAAUUUGUAUUUCUUCUGUAGGAGAAUUUACUGUUCUUAAACUAUAUUAAUCAUAAUUUGUAAUUUUGUUUAAAACUAACAAGGUAAGGAUUAUUAUUAUUAUUUACAAUCAACUAUAAUGAAGCAGAAAAUUUACACUGUGAAGAUCAGAAGAGAAACACUAACUUUAUAAAGUUAAUAUAUAUGUUUAGGUACUAAUAAUCUUUGUAUGUCAUGUGAUGCCUUACAAAAGAAGAAGCCCUUUUUUUUUAAGCAACAGAGGGCUAUUUUUUAUUAACAGUUGUUUAAGUAAUUGAUGAUAUAAAUAACGUCUCAACCAGUACUAUGCCUGUCAUUUCCCACCCACCUUGGUGAGCCCUGAUAUUGUGCAUCAGGCCUUGUCAUCACUGGAUAUAGCAGAUGUAGGGUGGUUGACAUUUUAUUGCAUUCUUAUUUACUUUCAUUCAUAAGUUUUUAUAAUUGUCCUUAUGAACUAUUUUUGGGUUAUCCCUGCACUAUAUCUCGUAAUUAGAAGCAGCUGACCACGUAAGUGUGUAAAGAGUUGAAAUAUUAUAACUGCAUCUCAUCACAAGUAUUUGUUUUAGAUGUAGAAUAAUAUUUAUCAUGUGAGCAAACAUGGGAGGUUACUAUUCCACUAAUAUCCCAGCAAGACACAAGUUGCUCUUAAAUACCUUUCUUUGUUAACAUCCAUUAUUAACACUUGAUAAUUCAAGUAAUCUAGAGUAACAUAAUACUUAGCAAAAUUGUGUUUGCUUCUUUUUCAAUAAUUACUAAAAGCAAUAGUCCAAGGACAAACUCAUGUCUUAUCACCAUUUGUUUUUUUACAACUUUUAAAUAUCAGUUAUGUAACUUAACAGCUCUUGAAACCACUGGAACUUGCUGUUUGAGAAAUAGUUAUAUGAACAUUGAUUUUAUUGACAAGACAAUAUUAAUUUUCAAUUAUUACAAAUACCUCUGAGAUCUGCUAAAGAAAGUUGGUUGCCCAGUACUUUUUUUUUAUAUUGAAAGCUCGUAGUUGUUAAACCAGGCCCAAUUUUAAUGGCUUGUAUUAACAAGAUUACUCCUAAAAGCUUACAUUACCAGGUAAGCUCUCAAAACAUAAAAUCUGGUUGUUUGCAGGAACAUGGUUAAACCAAUCCUCAAAUCUAUUCCAGAAGCCAAGCUCUUAAAACCCAUGUUAUCAGGUUUGUUCUUUAGAAUUUGUAUUAUCAGACCAAUACUUUAAAAACUUACAACAUAAGACUUGUAUUAAUAACUCAAUGUGUAGAGAUAUAUAUCUUUCAAAAUACAUUAUCAUACCAAUCUUUUAAGACCCUGUUUGAUGGAAAUAUUUCUUUAAAUCUUAGGUUAUACAGAAACUUCUCAAGAAACUAAGUCAUAAAUUGAUUCCUAGAAAACUUUAUUUAUUAGAUAUAUUCAUAAUAAAUUGUGAUCAGGACAUAUUUUACAUUUUAUAUAAUUUAGAAAUAUUACUUCUAUGAAACAUUUCUUGAAGUCAGGCAUUGGUAAUUUAUAAUUUUUGGAAACUCGUGAUAAAUGAUGAACAAAUCCUUUUGUCUUCUAGGGAUUGUAUGAAAGUGGUAAUAGUGUCUUUCUCUUUACACUGUCUGAUAAAUAGUGGCCAGUUAUAAGCAGAGAGGUUUGGUAUUAUUUCUAAACCACUGCCAUGAUGAGUCAAGUGUACAUGAUAUCAAAGCUUAAAUGAGUUAGCUCCCUGCUUGUUACAAGUGUGUAUAGUACCAAAUAUUUGCAUGCUUUUGCCUUUAGGCUAGUUGUACAGUGUUUUGUAUAUUAUAAAAUUGAUUUGUAAAAUGUUCAAGCUUACCUGCUUCUGUUCUCAGUCAUUGUCUGAAGAAGAACCAAUCAAUCAAUAGCCUGUAGUAAGUACUCUCAAGUGCUUGAUUUAUUACAAGAAGUCUGCAACAGUUAAGUAUGUGCCAGUAGUACCCAAGAAAGCUUGAUUUCUGUAUAGAGAUCUAGGCAUGUGAUAGGAAGGAUUUGUCUUUGGCAGCUACUUGUAUUGCUCAUCAUUCAUGUUUUAUAUCCAAAAUGUUGAAUUGUAUAUAUAUUUUAGUCAGUAAAAAUUAUAAGAAUGUUACUGUUCUUGUUUUUCAAAUUCAGUGUUUUCAGGCUUUAAAAAAUCCACUGCUGUUUGGUCUUGUGUAUUGACUGAUUUAUUAUUUAACAGGUUCAUGGGCACAAAAAUGCUAAAAGCUGCUUGCAGUAAGAAAUAAGUUAAUGGUUUAGC